CGAUAUCUUCACUAUCCACAGCCUUGCUGUGCGGGGUACUCACGGGAGUGUCUUCGGAACAUUCAAGUUUGAUAUGGGACUUAUUUGUUUGUUGACGUUUUGCUCCUGACUUUGUGAAGAAGAUUGGUUUACGGAUGUGUUACAUUUGCGUGGGAUAGUUAUCACACAAGACUCAAGCGUUGAAAAUUCAAGGUGCGUACAGGUAUUGGAUACCAAGUUCAAGACUUCCGGAGGAGACAACAUCCAGCGUGAUAUAAAGAGAUCGAGGCUUGUACUGGAGAGCUGGGCUGCAGCAGGAACUUUCCCAGCUGAUGUGCAGCAGCCUCUGAUUGGAUACGAUGAUCACAUGACUGAUAAUCAACACUGGAAUAUUGUUGUUCCUGAGAAGUGAAUGAUAACAUUCACCAGUAACUGUUGUUUAUUGAGUGGUUACAAUAUUUGAAAGCGUUCUGUGUAUAUCAACAGUUGCAUUUGCAAGAUUAUUGUGAUUGUGCUUUGUAUUGGUAAGACCAUGUAAUUCUUGGAUUCAAAGUCUGCCGACAUGCUGAAUUUCUGUGGAAAUAUUUUGUGUGAAGAUCUGAGGUCAAGGGGAGGUAACUAUGCAGACAUCACCCGAACCUCAGCCUUUGACGAGGCUGAAUGUAACAAAACAUGAUCGAAUAUGGGAUAAGGAAUCUCCCAAAGGAUUCUUUGGAUUUGAUAAUUCCAAUGCUCUGUUUUCACCACCAUUAAAACACAUAACUCCAGAAACAACACAAGAACUGUGGGAGAAGUUUGAUCCACUGGACUUGCUAGUUGACUCGGCAAGUGAAAAGAGUAUAAAAAGUGAGUCAUCAUCGGAUACGAUGAUAAUGAUGACAACUGAAGAAGAAAACAGAAACAAAGAACGAAUAAAGAAUAGUUUCAUGGAAUAUGAACAGCAGAAAAGUGGUAAGAAUCCACACAUGAAGCAGACUACACACAAUUACCCGACAGACGGUUUUAUUGACCAACACUGUGACUACACCAACAACAAUGGUCAUAAAAAUCCUGAUGAAGAUUUCCUAAAUGAUGAAGGUUAUGGCACUGACAGUCGGACAAACACUACUGCCUCUCUAUCAUCUCCCUUGUCAUCAAGCUUGUCAUCCUUAUUGACAUCAGAAAGUUCAUCUAGUCAGGGUAGCAUGCAAAAGAAUUUAAAUGUGAAUGCACGAUCACAACAAAUUCCCAGUAAUGGACGGAUAGUUGUUGGCACCCGUCAGAACAUUAUUGCAAAGAAAAAAUCACAACCGGUGGAAAAGCAAGACAAUUCUCUAAUGGAAAAGUUGCGUGCAUUGACAACAAUUCAGGAAGAGGAGUCAACAGGGGGUCCAGAAAGCACCAAUCAGCAAGUGCCUUACAGCAGUGACCCUAGAAAGGUACCUGACCACAGGUCAAAUGACUAUGUACAUGAACAUCGAUUCCGUGAAAGUCAAAGGUCAUAUGUUAAUGACCAGAAUACAUUUGUUAAGGAACCUGGUAGUUUUGCUGUUGAAGGCACCAGAUAUGACUUGAGGAAUCCGGAACUAAGGUUCAAUGGUGAUCCUGGAAGGACUGAGCAAACAGGAUACAAGCAAAAACAUACAAAUGAUGCAGAACGUAAAAUGUUCAUGGAGGAAAGUAGCUGGAGUGCACAAGAGGGAAUAUUUCGAGCUGUGCCUGUGAAAAUUGGUCAAGGUUCUACUAAUUCCAACCGACGAAGAAGUGAUGGUAUUGAUACUCAUCGGCACUCUGUGUCCCAGAUGGAAAACAUCCCCAUCAGUGGAACAGAUGCAUUCCGACGUUCGGAGGCGGAUACCCGAGAACAAGAUUCCAGAAAUUGUAAUGGCGAUGUGUCUAAUUUGGCUUCAAGGCCACGACCCCAUUUGCAUGGUGACAGUGUUAAUUAUGGCCCGUCUGGGGAUAUUCCUCCAGCCAACUUAACCAAGUAUCCCAACCACAUGUACUCUAUGCCUAAUCUGGCACAUGACAUAAGGUCAGCCCCUCACACGGGUCAAGUGGUCAUGCGGAGACCCAAAAACUCUUCCCAUCAAAACACCCGCAAACCAGAUUUCCGUUACUCAUGGGACUGUAGUGAUGUACAUUUGAUGCACUCCAAGUUUGAGGUGGAUAGUCGUAAUCUGACAAACAACAACACCGUCCAGAUCGAUGAAACACCUAAACUGUCCAAUCAGUUCCGGGCAACAUCAGAAAUGGCAUUGCAAAAUGGAAGGGCACUUUUUGCACCAUCGUCUGACAUUUAUAAACUCUUCCAAGGUCAAGGUCGCACUGGUUUUUCGCAGGGAAAGCAAGCAUCACAUCGUCACAGUUUUCAUGCCAUGCCUUCCCAAACAAACUUGUCAUUACAAGCUACAGACCCUUCUAUGGAAGAAGUUCGGCAUCGUCUACGUGCCGCCUCGUCCAACCGUUGUGGUUCUCCAUCCCAAGUCAAGAAUGGCCCGGUCAGGGCAAGUCAUGAGAUAUACAAGUAUAACAACACUGACGGCCACCCUCCCCACAUGACAAACCAUCAGGUUCGACCAAAUUCUUUAACAGAGGCAAAUGACAAACUGUCGACACUUGUCUGAUUUUUGUUUACAUUAUAUUUAAUCAGGAAUGGACAAUUGUGAUUAUGUUGUUGAUAAUUGUUGAGACAUUUUCAAUUUGUUUUGGUUAAGAUUAUUAUAUUUACAACUACCCAUAAAUGUUUGUUGCUGAAAAGUGCCUGUAUGAACAUUGGAUAAGAUUUUUGAAUACCAGAUUAAAAGCAAUUCAAAUGAAUUGCUAUAUUUUCUAAUCAUAUCAGCCCGAUAUCAUUGUAAUAGAAAUUACAAAUGUCAGCUGGAAUCUAUAUAGGUUAUUCAUUAUUUAUCAAAGGGUAUUGCCAUGGGAACUGUCAGGAUUUACACAUUUUGAUUCUUGAAAGUUCUUUUAUCAAGCCGACACAACUAUAAAUGUUUUUUUCAAUAGCACUACAUAUCUGUGAAGCAAAUAUGCAUUGUUCAUUAUUUGAGGUUAAUUACUAAGCAGCAUGGUCACCAUGUUGGAUAUUUCUAUAGAGCUCUAAGUAAAACCACUGUAACACUAAGCAUAUGUGCUCCAUCGAUAGCAAAAGUAAAGAUUUAUUUAUACAAAUUUAAUGAAAUAUUCCAGUUAGU